AUGCCACUACGGAGGCCAAAGACUAAAAAGUCAGUGGAAAAGCUUGACAAUGCUCCAACCACACCAACCAAGUCACCCACUGAUCCAAAUGAAAUCCCUAUCACAAAAGGCUCUUACACUUUUGAUAUUGACAAGUGGGAUGAUCCCAAUUUUAACCCGUUCUCAUCUAGUACAAAAAUGCAAGAAUCGCCGAAACUGCCUCAGCAAACGUACAGUUUUGAGCCAGACAUGUGUGAGGACUCUAUUGACCCUUUCAAGUCUUCUUCUAAGAUAGCCAGCUCCCCUUCUAAAUCUCCAGCUUCCUUUGAGAUACCAGCCAGUGCCAAUGAAACAAAUGGAACUGAAGGAGACAGCUUGAAUAAACCUGCAAAAAAGAAGAAGACGCCACUAAAAACUGAUACAUUUAGGGUGAAAAAAUCACCAAAAAGAUCCCCACUAUCUGAUCCUCCUUCUCAGGAUCCCACUCCACUGCCUACUCCAGAAACACCUCCCGUCAUAUCCACGGUGGUCCAUGCGACAGAUGAGGAGAAACUGGCGUCUUCAGUGACCAGUCAGAAAUGGACCUGCAUGACUGUGGACCUGAACACGGAUAAACAGGACUACCCACAGCCGUCUGAUCUGUCUACAUUUGUUAAUGAGACUAAAUUCAGCUCUCCUACAGAGGAAUUGGAAUAUGGCAACUCAUACGAAAUAGAAUAUAUGGAGAAAAUAGGCUCCUCUGUGCCCCAGGAUGAUAGCACCCUGAAGAAACAAUCUUUAUACCUAAUGUUUGAUGCACAGCAUGAGAGCCCAGUCAAAUCACCUCCCAUCAGACUGUCUGAUUCCACAACACCAUGCUCAGGGUCAAGUUUUGAAGACCCUGAAGCCCAACAACCCUCUGGAAUGAAAAUACAACAUCCAGCUUCCCGAGUCCUAGCUGCCAGCCAAGAGGCACACUUACAGUCACCUGACAAGUCAAAGCAGAAAGACCUAGAGCCCAUGACCCUAGGAACAACUCCAGAGGCUAUUGAAAUAAGAGAACCUGCUAUCCCAGCAGAUGUUUCCAUCUCUAAAAGUGCACUGUACUCCCGGAUCGGCACCUCGGAUGCGGAAAGCACCACGGGUCUUCUCUACCCCCAGCAAGACUUAGACUCUGCACUACGACUCGCCAGAGCAGAGAUUGUGGCCAAGGAAAGAGAAGUGUCUGAGUGGAAAGAGAAAUAUGAAGAAAGCAGAAGGGAAGUGAUGGAAAUGAGGAAAAUAGUUUCAGAAUAUGAGAAGACGAUUGCUCAGAUGAUAGAGGAUGAACAGAGAGAGAAAUCUGUCUCCCAUCACACUGUUCAGCAGCUGAUAGUGGAGAAGGAGCAAGCUUUGGCAGAUCUGAAUUCGGUGGAGAAAUCACUGGCAGAUCUUUUCAGGAGAUACGAAAAAAUGAAAGAAGUAUUGGAGGGGUUUCGGAAGAAUGAAGAAGUGUUAAAGAAGUGUGCGCAGGAAUAUUUAUCACGAGUAAAGAAGGAAGAGCAGAGGUAUCAAGCACUCAAAAUUCACGCUGAGGAAAAACUGGACAGAGCCAAUGCUGAAAUUGCACAAGUGAGGGGCAAGGCUCAGCAAGAGCAAGCAGCGUAUCAGGCCAGCCUGCGUAAAGAGCAACUGAAGGUGGACGCAUUGGAAAGAACACUGGAACAAAAGAAUAAAGAGAUAGAAGAAUUAACAAAGAUUUGUGAUGAACUGAUUGCCAAAAUGGGGAAAAGCUAA